UCGCGUCGAUCUCGCGAAACUUCUCGAUUAUCGACAGAAUCUCGUUAUCGUGAGCGUCGUUGCCCGUGUCGAGAGGCAUCGAGCAAUCGAAGACGGUUGACUAGCUCGGUAGAAUCGUUCCAGUGAACAUAUUCGAUUCCAUUGUCUCUCAUCCGCAUAGCGGAUGGGAUCGAUCCUUCUUCUUGUCGUCUUACCAAUAUCAGCGCCAAUUUUGCUUCUAUCGAGCAAAAGCAGCGCGAUGAUGUGUUUGUAUUUGAAGCCUUUAUUCCCUAGAACGGGCAUAAACAUGUUAUGACCACGUCGAUAGGCAUUUAUAGUCAACAGUAUAUCCUUGUAUGUUUGCUUGUCGUUCUCCGUGUACACGACGUCGUCGGGGAGUCUCUUGAAUAUCAACUCGUAUAAGCCCGAAAUAUCUGGAUAUCGCACGUCGCCCACGAUUACACUGUCGUCGAUCACAUCGAAUCGCUUGUCACCGAGCGUCGCGCCACUCUCAUCGAAGUACACCCCGUAAACGUAGUCGAUCUCGCUUUGUCUGUCCCUGCUUAGAAGCGCAUCCAUAUAUUUGCGACCUAACGGUCCUCAUUGCGCGUUCGAGAUCGAUUCCUCCUCGCUUCUAGUCGCGGGACCGUCGAGAGCGAUCUCAUUGAGAAGCGUCUCUUCGUCGGUCUCGACGGCGGCUUGUCGUCGGUUUCGCGUUUCCUCUUAACGCCGAUGGAUGCGAUCGAGUCGAUUCCCUCGAUUCGUCUUGCGCGAUGUUUUCGGCGAUUCAUUUCAACGGCUGAGUGAUCGAUUUGAAUCGCUUCUCAAGCGCGAUCUCCUCCUUUAUCUCCGGUCUUUAACGCUUUGUGCUUUUUACGUAUAGAGUCCUGAGUCUUCGCGAUCUCUCAUGCCGUUUUUUCCCAUCGGACGACGUCUAUAUUCGCCGUAGCGUCGAUGUCCAUCUUCGUCGCACAAUUCAUUGCUUUACACCAUGACGAAAUCGUUAAAUCCUCAUAUCCACCAUUUCUUAACGCGCUUCUUAUCGAUGAUUAUAAAACUGUACUUGUUUCCAACACGCAUGACACAAGACGCAAAAAUUCUUGUACAACAUAUUCGUGUUCACGUUGUAAACGUGCUUUAGGUUAGUGUCAUCCUGCCUAAACAGAAUCAAGAGAUUCGCGUUAUCGUGUAUCAAGUGUUUUGGAAUUUUAGCGUACGUCUGACAGAGAUAGAAACAAUCAAUGUUCGAGUGUGGAUCCAUGGCGAAAUAUUCCCUGAUCCCGUCCUACUUGUCAUAGGCAACAUUGUCGAACACGAAUAUCGAAUCGGGAAGCGUCUCGGAAAAUGGCACGACAUGAGAAGGCGCGCGAACGUAUAACGGCCGGAGAUUCCAUCUUCGACGAGAGGACCGCCGCGACCACCGUAUGGGCGGCUAUGAAAGCAAAAACAAAGCUGGGCAUGGAUUUAAAAAAGAAGAAGAGGAAGAUACUUCCGACGGCGAAACGCGGAGGCUUGUUGCCUACUUUUCCGAUACUAGGCGUGCUCAGUUCUUUGAUCGGUAGCGCGGCAAGCGUCGCGAAAGCAAUGAACGCCGGUAAAGCCGCUCGGCGUCAACUGGAGGAGUUGCAACGUCACACUCGGACGAUGAAGGGUCAUGGGUUGCACCUAGCGCCUUACAAACGUGGCAGCGGUGUGAUAAAAGAACGAAAAAAAAAUCAUGGAAGGAAACAUUAAGAUCGCUCGAGUUACCACUC